AUGUGUUUUUUUUUUAAAACAAAACCACUCCCUUCUUCAACACUCCUUCCCGCCUCACUCCGCAGAGCUCUCCCUGUCCUGGCCGCCAUGAAACCGAAACUCUCCAUUUCCUUCUUCUUCCUCUUCUUCUCCAUCUCAGCCGCAGCUCCUCCGGCUAACGACACGGAAGCUCUAACGCUCUUCCGCCUCCAAACCGACUCCCACGGCAACCUCCGCUCCAACUGGACCACCACCACCACCUCAAACGUCCCCUGCUCCUGGCUCGGCGUAGGCUGCUCUGCCGACAAAGGCCGCGUCAUCUCACUCUCCCUCCCUUCUCUCUCCCUCCGCGGUCCGAUCAACUCUCUCGCCUCCCUCGACCAGCUCCGCCUCCUCGACCUUCACGACAACCGCCUCAAUGGCACUGUUUCCCCGGUCACCAACUGCUCCAACCUCAAGCUCCUCUACCUUGCCGGAAACGACUUCUCAGGCGAGAUCCCUCCGUCGAUCUCCUCCCUCCACCGAAUCCUCCGCUUGGACUUGUCGGACAACAACCUCGCCGGUUCAAUCCCUCCGGAAAUUGGCAAUUUGACCAAGCUGUUGACUCUUCGGCUCCAGAACAAUGCGCUCACCGGCCGAAUUCCAGACAUCUCUGGUUCGAUCCCCGGAUUGAAAGAGCUGAAUCUGUCCAAUAAUGAGCUGUACGGAAGAGUCCCCGGUGGGUUGGAGAAGAAAUUCGGCCGCCGGGGGUUCUUCGGUAACGAAGGGCUCUGUGGAUCCGGUCCUUCGCUCCCCGUGUGUUCAUUUACAGGGGACGAAACGGUGCCCUCGAACCCAACCACGAUUCCGCAAUGGAACAGCCCUCCCGUCGUGGAAAGCCAAACUUCGCAGCGGCCGGUGCACAGAGGAUUGGGCACCGCCGCGAUGGCGGCGAUAAUCAUCGCCAUCUGCGUCACAUUCCUUGUAGCGGCGUCGUUCCUGGUCGCCUACUGCUGUGGCCGCGGCAGUGGCGGCGGAGUAGGAGACGGGGGAUCAUCAAAGGUGGGGAGCGAGAUCGAGAGCGGUGGCGGCGUGAAAAGGAGGAGCAGUUACGGCGGAACGGAGAGCGAUGGCACGGAGAGGAGCAAGCUGGUGUUCUAUGACGGCGGGAAGGAUCAGCCCAUGCCGUUCGAAUUGGAGGAUUUGCUCAAGGCGUCGGCGGAGAUGCUGGGGAAGGGGAGUUUGGGGACGGUGUACAAGGCAGUGCUGGACGGCGGGUGGACGGUGGCCGUGAAGCGGCUGAAGGACGCGAAUCCUUGUGGGAGAAGGGAGUUCGAGCAGUACAUGGAAGUGAUCGGAAAGCUGAAGCAUCCCAAUAUCGUCAGGUUCAGAGCUUAUUACUAUGCUAAGGAAGAGAAGCUUCUGGUGUACGAUUUCAUGCCCAAUGGCAGCCUCCACUGGCUUCUCCAUGGAAACAGAGGACCAGGCCGAAUCCCACUGGAUUGGACCACGAGGAUCAGCUUAGUACUCGGAUCCGCCCGCGGGCUAGCCAAGAUCCACGAGGAAUACCGGUCGGCUCGAAUCCCCCACGGCAACGUGAAAUCAUCCAACGUCCUCCUCGACAAAAACGGCAUCGCUUGCAUUGCCGAUUUCGGCCUCUCCCUGCUCCUCAACCCGGUCCACGCCGUCGCCAGGCUGGGCGGGUACCGAGCUCCCGAGCAGGUGGAGACCAAACGCCUGUCCCAGAAGUCCGACGUGUACAGCUUCGGCGUCCUCCUCCUCGAAGUCCUCACCGGGAGAAACCCCGACGAACUCGUGACGGACGGGGUGGCCGCGGGGGCAGGGGAUCUGCCGAGGUGGGUGAGGUCGGUGGUGAAGGAGGAGUGGACGGCGGAGGUGUUCGAUCAGGAGCUGCUGAGGUACAAGAACAUCGAGGAGGAGCUGGUGUCGAUGCUCCACGUGGCGCUCGCCUGUGUGGCACCGGCGCCGGAGAAGAGGCCCGAGAUGGUGGAGGUGGCGAGGAUGAUUGAGGAGAUUCGGGUGGAGCAGUCGCCGUUGGGGGAGGAUUGCGACGAGUCGAGGAACUCGCUCUCGCCGUCGCUUGCUACUACUGAGGAUUGAAUUAGACGGAGUCUGAUCUCAUUUAUUUCUCGAGGAGAAUAACUUUGUUUACUGUCGUAAUAGUGGUGGCUUAAGUGUAGUAAGUUAUUUGUUAAGUUCAUUAAUUACUUGUUUCUGUUGGAUGUCCAGGCCCAACAAAGUGUGUAGUUUGGUAGCUAGUUGUCUAGUUUGCUACAUAUUUUGUUUAAGCCUUCGUUCCUGUGAAGUGUACUUGUGUCGUUUGAGUCGUAAGAUGUGGUCGUUUGUUGUUAUUCUUCACCAAUUAGGCCUUCUAUAGGUGUGAACUGCCUUCUAUGAACUUAUAGGGCCUGAAGUUGGCCUUUGAUGGCUAUAUCCUUCUUGGGGUCAUAGACAAAUUUGCCUCAUCCUAGAAGAAAACUUAAGCAUUGCUAUCAAUGGGAUUCACUUAUAUUAGCCGUUGUAUGUUUAUGGGAAUUGAAAUUUUAACAAGCUAGCCUGCUAUUGGUACAGGUAAAUAUUGUUAUAUUUCCUAAUCAUUUUGAUUUAUUAAUAUAUUCC